CGUGAUUAUCCGUUAUCAGUUGAGAACGUAUACGUCUCUUCUUCUUCUGAAUUUCAUCCAAAGUUUUCUCUGAAUUUAUUUGUUCUGUUCUUUUCGGUUAUGUUCUGAAGUGACAAAAAUGUCAAACAAUCCAGAAGAAGCAAUGACGGUGGUUGCUCGUGGCCGUUUGGCCAUGCUCGCCGCUUACCUCCGCCCCUCUGAACUGGCUGAUCACGACGUCCUCCACCCUCUCGCUCUCUCCGCUCAGUUUCUUCCGUUGAACCUCGCCGGCACGCUGACCGUGGUUGACGACAGAACUGGCAAGAAGUACCAGCUUCAGGUCUCCAAAGAAGGCACUGUCAGAGCUUCUGAUCUCAAGAAGAUAUCAGCCGGGAAGGGUGACAAGGGACUCAAGCUUUAUGAUCCGGGCUAUUUGAACACAGCUCCUGUUCGAUCAGCAAUUAGUUACAUUGAUGGUGACGAGGGGAUUCUUAGAUAUAGAGGUUACCCUAUUGAGGAGUUGGCAGAGAAAAGCACUUUCACAGAAGUGUCCUAUCUCAUAAUGUAUGGAAAUUUGCCUUCUGAAAGUCAGUUAGCAGAAUGGGAAUUUGCUAUAUCUCAGCAUUCGGCUGUUCCUCAAGGAGUAUUGGAUAUCAUACAAUCAAUGCCACAUGAUGCACAUCCAAUGGGCGUGCUUGUUAAUGCCAUGAGUGGUCUUUCUGUUUUUCAUCCUGAUGCAAAUCCUGCACUCAGAGGUCUUGAUAUUUACGAUUCAAAGCAAAUACGAGACAAACAAAUAACACGGAUUAUUGGAAAGAUAACAACAAUUGCUGCUGCAGUUUAUCUUAGAAUGGCAGGAAGGCCACCUGUGCUUCCAUCCAACACCAUUCCUUACACAGAGAACUUCCUAUACAUGCUAGAUUCAUUUGGUAAUCGGUCAUAUAAACCCAAUCCUCAGCUAACUCGUGCCCUAGACAUUAUCUUCAUCCUGCAUGCUGAACAUGAAAUGAAUUGUUCUACAUCUGCUGUUCGACACCUUGCAUCAAGUGGUGUUGAUGUAUACACUGCUAUUGCUGGGGCUGUUGGAGCGCUAUAUGGACCACUUCAUGGUGGAGCUAAUGAGGCUGUCCUUAAAAUGUUGAGUGAAAUCGGAACUGUUCAGAACAUUCCAGAGUUCAUUGAAGGUGUCAAAACCAGGAAAAAAAAGCUCUCCGGUUUUGGACACCGAGUGUACAAAAACUAUGAUCCCAGAGCAAAAGUCUUGAGAAAACUGGCAGAGGAAGUGUUUUCCAUUGUUGGCCGGGAUCCUCUUAUUGAGGUGGCAGUUGCCUUGGAGAAGGUUGCACUAUCUGAUGAAUAUUUCAUAAAGAGGAAGCUAUAUCCAAAUGUUGAUUUCUACUCUGGAUUAAUUUAUAGGGCCAUGGGGUUUCCACCAGAGUACUUCACUGUUUUAUUUGCCAUCCCUCGAAUGGCUGGGUACUUGUCUCAUUGGAGAGAGUCCUUGGAUGAUCCUGAUACAAAGAUUAUGAGACCUCAGCAGGUUUACGUUGGAGAAUGGUUGAGGAAUUACAUGCCAAUCAAUCUAAGGACUCCAUCAAAUAAUGCUGACAAACUUGGUGAGGUGACCAUAUCAAAUGCCUCAAAGCGGCGGCUUGCUGGAUCCGGGGUAUAGCCUAGAGUCAGAAUUUAGUUUUAUGAGUGGCAUUACCAAAAGGAUUCUGCCAGAAGUGAUUUCUUAUACUCUUAUAUUUGGAACUGGAACUAACAGCUGAAUAUCCCGGAUCAGAAAGUAGAUCUUGAAUAUCAGUCCAACCUUCAAGCAUGCUCACAGCUUGGGACAUUGUUGGCCUAAGUGUAGGAGAUGCAUUGGUACACAAGAGAGCCACAUUUAGCACCACCAUGGCCUCCUCAGUUGAAUAUUCUGAACCCAAAUCUGGGUCAACCAGCUCCAGAAGGCUCCCUCUCUCUUGCAAAACAUAGGCCUGAAUGAAACUCAAAUUUCAGAUCAGGGUUAUUCAAGUUUAUGAUAAAUUAAUAGUGAAGCUAUGAUGUGGACUGAAAACACAAACCAGCAUGAAAAUGUGGAGUGGAAAAAUACAGUUUGAUCAUCUAAAAAACUGUAGAUAACAUUUUUGCAAAGUUCUCUAUAAACGAAUGAUUGUAUAUAUGUGUGUGUACUAGUAAGAACCCCUGAUCCGUAUGUCAAACGUAACAUGGUAUCUUUUGUUCGUAUAA